AUGCCGUUGAUGCUGGUGUCCCUGCUUUGCUGUGUCACUGCAGCCAGGGCCUGUCUGCAGUGCGACCGCAGCAUCCGAAUGAUGCACGAGGACUUCAUCUUGUCUGCUCCCACUCUGCAAGACCAGCUUGACUUGCAAAGUAUUCGUGACCAAGCCUAUGUGACCUACAUAGAGACCAGUCAGGAACGAAAGGGGGUCAUUGAUCCCACUACUCUAUACAGAGCCAAAACUGAAUACCAGAGUGAAUUUGAUCGCUUCUUGAAAACCAAGCUCACUGGAUCUAUAACAUUUGAAGCUAUUCAGAUCAUGGAGAAAGGCAGGAAGAUUUUAGAGAAACAUCUGGAUGCUUUCGUCCCCAGUGAAUUAUGCCCCAACGUAUGUGGGCUUCUAAUUAGAAGAGUAAUGGAUUGCGUCUCUUGCCGCUACAAAGUAUACAUCUGUCCCUCUCCGACUGGCCAACAGGACUGUGGUGAGUAUCCAGUGCAGGCAGAGGAAGGAGGCCAGGCUUUGUUGAAUUGUUUUCUUCCAUGGCACCGUCUUCUAUUGGGUAGACCAGAGUACCACUACUCCUGGGUGCCAGAAGCAUCAGAGACUGAUAAGAUGAAUGAAAGUGACUUCAGUGUCUUGGUAGUGACAGAAGACUCAUCUAUUGUCUUGAAUCAACUGCGUUUGGAUGAAAAAGGAACAUACCGCUGCUCCCUGCAAGCCCAAAAUGGAACCAUCUUCUAUCAAGCCACUUUCCCACUCACUGUCAUACCGUCACCUCACCAGACUCACUGGCCUUUAGUCACUCUGCCCUCCCUGCCUCAUGGAGACAGCUACUCACCUUUUCAGCCUACAGAGGCCUUGCUCGUGCCACUCAUCGCUGUGGUUAUGGCUUUGACUCUGACAGCAAGCGUAGGACUCGCAGUUGUCCUGAGGUGA